AUGGAUGUCUUUGGUGAGUAUGCGGAGCAAACGGCGAUGGGAAACUCAUCAGGCGCAGAGGUGGCUUGCUUUGGGGGGACCUUCGACUGGGGGCCAAAGCUGUCAGAUUCAGUACCGAACUUGACAGAAGCCAGCCUCGCUCAGUUUUCGUCCAGUAGGGCAUCUGCCCCGUCGACGCAUGCCACCGAAACCUUUCGUUGUCACUGGAAGGGCUGUUCCUUCACUGCUAAAGACCGAAGCGUCUUUGACGUACACGUCUGGCAGCACAGAAAAUGUCCGAAGGUCGAGUGUCUAUCAUACUUUACGGGUGAGAAAGAGAAACGAAGACAUGUCUGGAAGACGCACAGAAUGUGGGCGCAGUCGAUGGAAUUUCCUACCAUCAGUGGGAUUUGCGACCACUGCGGCGAGACUUUCACUCGGAAUGACAACCUGACUCGCCAUAAGAGAAGAAAACAUAAGUAUUGA